UGAUAGUAGAUUUCGUACGUAGUCACAUAAGGUGUGGUGCUGAGAAUCGGUAACAGAGAUCGAUAGUUUAUAACAGUGCGUGGAAGAAAAAUAGUGACUGGAGUGAUCGAAUGUACACUGCCUAAUGGGAAUAUAAUUUCUCUGCUGGUUUAAACGAAAAAAUGAAGAUACUCUUAUCUUUAACACUCAUAUUCCUUGGAGGAAUUACGGCGCAAGAAAAUGCUGUCAGAAACAUUCCGGACUCGUUACUCGAAUGUUAUAAUACAACGGCUAUGCUGGUAAAAGAUAACAGACUGCCACACAGCAUGCCUGCGUUGAUAGCCCUUAUUCGUAAGAUUGAGAAUACGGCAGGCCUUAACAUGGAUCUUCGCACUCUAUCCAUAGCUCUUCUCCACAGGUUCCGGCAGGAUGGUAUCGAACAGACUCCAUCUGUUCAAGUUCAAGAUGGAAUAGUGCCUUUUUCACCAAAAGGAAUGUCUUUUUCUCGGCACGCUGCCACACUUAAACUCAUUCCAGGAAAUGCUAUAUCAUUUCCGAACAGCAGUUUAACCGCUGUCGAAAGAUGUUCGCUGCAUUACAUGCUGUCGAGUAGUUUUGAGAUGAUACAACGAGACGGCGAGAGUUCAGUUUGCAGCGCUAUAUCUCAGACAGCUCAAUAUAGAGUAGAGCGAAAUGCCGGUGAAGAAGAUGCGACAGAAUCUGAAAGCGUUGGAGAUGACGUUGAAACGUUAACUCCGCAAGAGUUAGAAAUGAUUAAGCACAAGACGAAUGAAUACCAACCCAAAGUAACUACACAGGAUCCAAAUUGGUUGUAUCCAGCACUUCCUCCGAACCACCCUGACAGCGCACGCAUUUCUACGUACACACAAACUUCGUGUCCUGUGGAAAACGGCGUAGUAAAAACAAAAUGGGGUGCGGUUUCCAUGGGUCCUGUACUGGCAGCUGUAGCCGCUGCUCUCGAGCCACAGACAGUGACUCUCGCUCAAUUACUGAGUUCAGAUAUGGAAAAAAAGGGAUACACUUCGGGUCCUGCUUUGACCAAUAGAUGGAUCGCUACAUUGGGAGGUGACUUGGCCGAAGCAGCACUGAGCCAAGGACCGUGGCAAGGGAGUUCGAUAAGUAUUGGUGCGAUCGGUGGCUUCAAUUCAACAGCGCUACCACGAUGGUAUUUUCUUACUACCAACGAGAACCUCGAAACGACCACCGCAGAAAUACGAGGAGAUUUGGAUGGACUCAUUUUGGCUGAUAGUGUUGCUUCUUGGUACUCGUCAGUUUCGACUUUGAGACUUUCACAGAUUCUUGACAUGUAUUACAGCUCACGAGGGGUGUUCAAUUCUUCUAUGCGUGCUUGCAACAGGAGAACGUUGUUUACUACUGUUGCCGAAAACGCCACGAUGGUAAAUCAGGUGUACAGCUCGGCCCUGCUUUUGUACGAGGAAGUGGCAAAAGUGACGAUAAGUGCUGAGCGCAUACAGAGCCUUGCUACUAUUGCAACAAAUGCACUUAGCACCUACAUUCCCUUGUCGAUGAACAGCGAUUUAACCUGUGAUUUCACUAACGCGGUAAAUGACUCCAACACGGCUUCUGCUGAUUUGACGAUCAUCCUUGAUACCACAUGGCCAUUUGAUACGAUCCAACCGUUUCUUGCAUCUUUGCUAGAGGGCAUCGAAGUUGGGAAGUACAACAGUAACUUUACUUUGAUUAACGGCUACGAUGGAAGUCUUAUGAUAAACAGUAGCAACACGCUGUUGGAUUUCUACAGUUUCGACGCUACCCAAUAUGCCAACUUUACGUCGGGUUUCGACCUGCCCAAGGCACUUGAAGCCCUGCGUAUUCUACAGAAGGAAAGAUUGAACAAAGAACAAAGCCGGAACAUUGGCGGCGGCAAUUCCGAUGUUGUACUAGUCCUUUCCUACACCUCGUCGAUCACUUCAGACACCGACAAAGAGUAUUGCUUGCAACACUUGAGGAUCAUAAGGGAGGAUGUACCCGAUUCCGUCUUUCUCUAUCUUUCUUACGGAUCCAAGGACAAAUGGUCCGAUAUUGCAGCCAACUCGACGACGGACACGUUUGCGAUCACUGCAACAAGCACUACAGACACUUUGACAACGAUCAAUCCAGUUAUAUCACGCAUCAAACAAAUUCCUAAACGCCUUAUCAAUUCUGCAUGUGGAGCUUCAUUUUCAUCGUCCGGAUCAACAGCCUCGUUUGUCGACUACGUAGAACCUUCAGGCAUUAAUUACUACAGACUGCAUCCCAACUAUUUUUCUACAGAUACAGCAACUGUGAAGGUUCAAGGUGCAGGAUGGGGAAACCUGAAUGUAUGUACAUCGCGUUCGGUUGUUCAGCCAAACUCAACUUCACCGAAUGACGUAAGCUGCACAUCAGUAACGUCAAAUACGCACAGCAUCAGCAUAUCCUGCAGCGGCGUGGAUCUCAUACAUAGAUGUCAGCCUCUCUACUUAUCUGUGGCAGCUAAUGCUUCGGACUCAGUAUCAUACCAAUGCACAGACGCCAACGUUUGCCGUUAUCCGGACAUGCGCAAGUUCACAAUAUCGUACGACAAUCUUGUAUGCCGAAGCAGUGCCAACACUUUCUUCUUCGCUCCAUUGGUUCUGGUGGUAUCUUUCAUUGUAAACGUCAUAUAAUAUAAGUAUAUCGAGUUAAACGCAGUUACCGAAGUGAUUCCGCAUUAAAACGGUCACGCUUUUUGUUAAUACAUACACCGAAUUUUUACACUAUUCGAAGGUAACAUUUUAUCGAGUAUUUGAUGGAGAAAAAGUUGCGCCCGAGUUUUCAAACAUUUGUUGUAUUUACAGAGUUAUUGCAACAUUUAAUCACAAGCGAACCUUUUCUCAAUGCAUAACCAUGGCUUUUUUCGUUUCAUACAACUUUUAGCUACAAAUUUCAUAG